GUUCACCUUGAAUUUAAUAUAAUGUAAUUGACAAUUAAAAAUACAUUGAUAACAUCAAUAUUAUAUUAAUAUAAUUGUGUAAAUGACUAGACUAAGAGAAACAAGAUUAGAAAACAAGCUUAGCUUAAUAGAAACAAUAAGACUGGUUUAAUUUCUAAAACAUUGAUUAGAAAUAGUAUGUAACAUCCACACUAGAUGCAGUUGCAAGUAACUACAUUGGAGUACAAUCUGGGUAAACUAGGAAUGAACUAAAAAAUAUACUAGAACUACACUAGGAAUAUAUGUGAAAUACACAUAAAUAUUAGGGACUAUACCAGAAAUUUCUUCAAAUAAACAAGAAAUUCACUGAACAAUACUAAAAUAUUUUGGAAAAUACACUAGAAAUGUACUCAGAGUGUAAUACUUAAGGAACAAACUAGAUACACUAAGGAAAUGUUAGUAGAACUACACAACAAUUAAAUAGUUAGAAACACACUUUUACUAGAAAUAUACUAGAAAAAUACAUUAAAGAUCCACUUGGAAUAAGUGAGAUGCUACCUAAUUGGAAAGGACUAUUGUUUCUAUUAGUUCAAGUUAUUGUAACUGUAACUGGACAAUUUCCUGGCCUAUCUAGAAUUGUAUGUUUGGACAUUACGUUCCUGUUCGAUACAUCGUGUUCAAUCAGCAGUCACGACAAGCGGCGUAUGGUUGAUUUCGCAAUAGCAUUACUACAACGGCUCUCAUUUUAUGACAAUCCUGGAGAUGGCUUGAGUGUCCGAGUUGCCGCAGGCACUUUUGAUCUUGGUGUCAAACAUCAGUUUUACCUACAUGACAAUGAGAAAGAUGUCGCUCAGAUAGUGGAAGCACUGAACAAAAUAGCCCUGGGACCAGGUGGAUGCAAGACGCGCACAUCAGAUAUCAUAGAAGAUCUCACAACAGACUUCUUCGUUGAGGAAAAUGGUGACAGAGACAAUGUACAUUAUCCUAAUGUUGCGAUAGUUUUUGGUGACGCCCGAACAAAACCCAACAGGCUGCGAAAGAUUUUGAAGAAUUAUGCUGACUUUGCAAAAUCCCAGAGAAUUGAUAUAAACCUUGUGUUGUUCCGUAACAAUCGCCAUGGUGUAAGAGGACGAUUCAAGCCACCCACUGAUCUUGAUAUACUGCCAUCAGAACCAAGAGAGGAGCACAUAUUUGACGUGCGUAACGAGGAAAGGAGUGCCAUAGAGCUAGAGAGACUGGCCACGCAUCUGGAAAGAAAUUUCUUCUGCCCUCUAUUCGAUGACCCGAUGACAAUUUGUUCGGACAUAGUAUUUCUAUUUGAUUUCUCGUGCAGUAUUGAAGAAGAGACGAAACAGCUGAGUCUUAGAUUGGCUAAAGAGAUCGUUAAAAGAAUCCUUCCGGGACCUGACCUUACAACAUACGCUGCUGUAGUGUAUGACAUCGUACCAAGAGUCCAGUUUGGAUUUGAUGAAGGAGAGGAUCCAGUCACUGUACUCAACAAUCUAGAUGCAAUUGAUACAACUCCGCUGGACUGUCGAACAUUUACAAACGUCGCCCUAGAUAAAAUACGUGAUGAUGUUUUCAACCCCGGUAAUGAUCGCGAUGACGCAUUUUACCAGGACCUCGUUAUCGCUUUUACAGACGGCAUGACGUCCCCUCUCAAUAAACGUAACAAAACGCUGGAAUCCGCCAAACGACUGAAGGAGAAUUUCAUUGAAUUAAUGUUGGUUAAACUUGAAAAUAACAGAGGAAAAUCAGGGGAUGCCUUACCUGAGUUAAAUGCACUGCCAACGGAUCCAGACAAAAAUAUGGGAUUUGUUUACCCACUAGACGAGGAAAGUUUCCUCGACGAGGAUAACUUCCAAACGGUACUUGAAAACAUGAUGCUAAAUUUGGAACGUUAUGCCUGUUAACUUAUGUCAAUCGAAAUAAAAUAGUCUUUGUAUCAAUCACACCGGCCAAAAUGUUUAGCUUUGACGAGUCCAUUUCAAGUUUUCAAGUCCCAUCAAGUUUACAUUUUAAAAAGAAAAAACAUGUUUUACAAAAACCACACACUUGACACAAGUAAAGAUGAAAGAAUAGAUCACAUCAAGGCAAUAACAAAAACACACAGCACUUUUGUAAUUGGUAUACAUUUUUUUUUUUUUUUGAUUUGGCAUGAAAUAAAAUUGAUCAACAGCAAA